AUGAAUAAAGUGCAUCAUUAUGAUUCACUGGGAAACAACGCAGAAGGAAUCACAACACAUUCGUCACAAACGAACGUUAAAGAAGAACAUACCAUGGCAUUUUCGAAAAACCCUCCGAUGGCGUAUCCACGCAAUACGAAUGGGUAUGCAAUGAUUGAAUUAUCGAAUACGGGCCAGCAUUUAACCAAAGGCGAAUACACUCCGAUUGGUUCAUCGAAGAAACUUAAUCUAUUACUUCAACGUUCACUUCGCUAUUCGUAUCGACAACGAUGCUGUGGAUGUUGUCCAACGAUACUUUGUGAACUGUUGUUUCCAUUGGUUUUGAUUGCAUUAUUAGCAUUAGUGCGUUAUGGAACAAACGCAUUAGUUCGAGAAUUGAAUGAUAAUCCGGGAAAAGCACCGCCAGGUCUCGAUCGCCCGUUAUGUCCAUACAAUUCGAGUGAAGUGAAAACAAGUUCAUCCAAUGAAUUAUUUAUGAAAUGUUUCGCGUUUCCACCGAGUUAUAAAGAAAAUCUAUCGAAAUCAGAACAAGACUAUACGAAUAAAACAAAUUUCAUCUUUCGACCAAUUACCAACGAUACAAAUGAACUGGUAAAAUGGGCUCGACAACGUUUAAUAAACAUGAGCUGUGUGGACACCAACGUCCAAAAUCAAGAUUUGAACAUUGGAAACGACAGUUAUCUUUUACAGUCUACAACAGUUAAUUCGAUCCUCAUCGAUUUUGACUCGGCGGAUAAUCUAAAGAAUGGACGACAAUUGAGUUAUGAUAUUACGGUUCGGACGCCGCGUAUCAGAGCGAAGAAUGAUCCCGUGGAUUACUCGUUCAUCUCGUUCUUACAUCCGACGGCGAUUGCGGAUAGAUCGAAUGUAACCGAUAGAAAGAAGAUCGAAGGGUCAGAAUUGCCAGAGUUCAUCGAUGUGAAGAUAUUUAUCGAUUCUUUAUUGAUGAGUUAUCAAACGGGCAAAACAAUCGACUUGGAAUUGGAACGCGCUCCGAUGAGAUGUACACCAUUUCGUCGAGAUUUUAUCUUCGAAUCGGGUGCAGUUCUCGUAACGUUUAUUCUACUCUUAGUAGAUUUCGUCUUUCUUAUACCAUAUUUAAUCCUUCUUGUCAGUUUAAUUCGUGAGAAAAACGCUAAAGUCAAAGAAAUUCUCAAAGUCCUCGGCAUCGAACCUAUUCUCAACAAUAUCGCUCAGUCAAUUCGAACACUGGUUAUUCUCUGCUUACUAACUCUCUUGCUAUGCAUUGUAUAUAAAUUAAAAUUAAAGCCAGAUGCAUACUUUAGUACCGUUAAUUUUGGUAUUCUUUUCCUCGGUUACAUCAUAUUCGCUUUACAAAUGAUUUCAUUCUGCGUUAUGAACGCCCAGCUCUUCGACAAAAACGUUCGUGCGGUAUUGGGCACAUUUUUUAUCUAUCUUGUUUCGAUUAUUCUAUUUCCUAAUGUUCUCUUCUGGCCACAAGCGAUUCAAUAUAUUUUUAUCUUUCUCAGUCCAUACAUUGCUGGCCAUUCGAUUUUUCAACAAGCAAUUUUACAUGACUUAGCUGAUAAAGAUGUGAAAUUAUUUGAGACAAUCUAUCGCUUUGUGCCGAUGUAUUUCCCGACACUAAUAGUAAUGCUAUGCAGUUGUCUCUUCUAUUGGUGUUUGGCUUGGUAUUUGGAAAAAGUCUUCCCGGGUGAAUAUGGCAUUCCGCUUGAUUGGAAUUUUCUUUUCAAACGGAGUUAUUGGCGUUCGGAAGUAAAUUCUUAUGAAGCAGAAUCCUCGUCGAAAUCGAGAUCAUCGCUGAAACGAAAACAGUCAGCUGGCAAACCGAUUGUUCAUGUGAAUCAUUUGGUCAAGAAGUUCGGUCCUGAUAAAAUCGCCGUCAACGAUGUUUCAUUUGCUUUGUAUGAAAAUCAAAUAGCUUCAUUACUCGGUCCGAAUGGUUCAGGUAAAACAACGAUAUUCAAUUGUUUGAUUGGCAUCUAUAAACAAACAUCGGGCUCGAUAACAAUUGAAAGUGAACAAGGAAUGAAUGUCGAUACACGAACAAAUAUGGAAGCGUUAAGACGAUCUAUGGGAUAUUGUCCUCAACAUGAUAUACUUUUCGAUUUGUUAACCAUCAAGGAACAACUAGAAUUCUAUGCUACAGCACGUGGCUUUGGCAGAAAUAAACAAGAAAUCGCUCGAGAAAUGAUUCGUCUGGUUAACUUACAAGGAUCGGAAAGUCUCUAUUGUAAUGCGUUAUCCGGUGGAAUGAAACGACGCUUAUCACUAGCCUGUGCGUUUGUUGGCGAUACAAAGAUUGUUCUUCUUGACGAACCAUCAAGCGGUCUUGAUCCAUCGAAUCGUCGUUUGUUAUGGGAUUGGUUGCGAACGAUGAAGGAGGGAAAGACACUUCUGUUGACUACACAUUUUAUGGAAGAAAGUGAUGCACUCUCUGAUCGUAUUAUGAUCAUUGCUAAUGGAAACAUCAAAGCCGAUGGCACAUCAGCAAAACUGAAAGAACAGUAUGGAUCAGGUUAUAAAUUGGUGGUUAAUAAAAACAACAACUACCCAACGGAGGAUCUCAAAAAUGAGUUGCGUCGCUUUUUACCUAAAUUAAAAGUUGAAACCGAUGUUUCGAUUGGGGAUGUGGUUUUUCGUACGAACCAACAGCCGAAUGAAGAAUUUAUUCAAGCAUUACGUCGAUUGGAAGUAAUGAAAAAUGAAAAUCGAAUAAAAAACUACGGAGUACAGAACAGCACCAUGGAUGACGUGUUCUUGAAAAUCACACGAGAUUCUAAGGUUGCCAACGAUGGCGAAUCAACGUCUGUUGAUGUUGAUAUUAUCGAACAACAAUGUCAAGCUAUGUUCCAUGAUCAACGUUUUGACACUGGCCUUUCGUAUUACCUCAGUCAAUACAAAGGAUUGUUGUGGAAGACCGUACUUGUUCGUUAUCGUCGUUGGGCGUUAACAUUGAUCAUAUUAUUAUUGCCAAUUUUGUACAAUAUUAUCUCGCAUGUCAUAUCUCGCAGUCAAAAUGAAACAGGAAUCUUUCGAAUGGAAGUAAGUGCUCUCAAUCCUCAAACGAUUCUCUAUCAUACAGAUGAGAGUCUCGAAGAAUAUUUCCGUGCGUCCACUUCCGGUGCGAAACUCGAACAAGUGGCGAAUAGUUCUGAGAUGGAUGACAAUAUUUGGCAAAAACGUAUAAAACAUCCAUACACAUAUACAGAUACCUAUCUUGCGUUUAACAUACCUAAACCAACAGACGAUCAUUAUAAAGUCAAGAGUUUAUCGUCAAACCUAAUCUCAAGUCAUGAAGUUGUCUCGGUCGCAUCGAAUACAUUCUAUAAAUAUCUUUCAAAUGAUACAAGUGCAUCAAUUCAAACAAAAUUGAUCUAUAAAAGAGCAGGAAAUUUUACUGAACAACAAUCCGUGGGCGAUCUGUUCAAUUUUAUUACUACAGUGGCCUCGUGCUUUCUCAAAUUAAUACCGACAUCGCUUUUGUUUGACGUGUUUCUAUUCUAUAUUCUAUUCUUCUAUACGACUGUUUUUCUGAUCAGUGAACGAAAAGAUAGCUUUUUAUCACUGUUAAAUAUCAGUGGCUUACAUCCUGCAUCUUACUGGCUUUUCAGUUACAUUUUCGAUAUAAUCAUCGCGACCAUCUGGUUUUGCUAUUUACUCGCCGUUUAUUGUCUGAUUUAUGUUAUCUUUAAUGGAAUACCGAAGGCAAGCUCUCAAUCGGAUUUAUCGAGCCUAUUGGAAUUUCUAAGUCCUUGGGAUUUACGAGUUAAUUUCUAUCCAUUGGCUAUUUUGAUUGCAAUACCAACAUUACCAUUCGCGUAUCUGCUGACAAAACUGUUCCGCAGUGACAUUCUCGGUGGAAUAACAAUAUGUUUCAUUUUAGUCAUUCUCCACUUUGUCAGUCUCAUCGUUCCCAUAGUGAUGAUGAUCGUCAAAAGUACAUCAGUUCGAAAUCUUCUCUAUUGGCUGUUCAAUGUUCUAUUUCCCAGUGUGAACGCACAGGUAAUCGUCUCUGAUAUUCUUGCCAAGAAAAGUGGAUUUUGCAAGACCAUCGACCUGGUCUUUGGGACAGAUGAUUCAUUGUUUACAUCAAUCGGCAAUACUACAAUGAUAUGGAAUUAUGUCAUAUUAGUUGUACAUACUCUAGUAUUACUUUUGAUAUUGAUUGUUAUCGAUAGUGGAUUAUUACAAUUCUCAUGUUCAUGUUUUUACACAUCGACAUUUGACGAAAAUACACUUGAUGGGGAUGUUCUAGCUGAACGUCAACGAAUAUUAGGGUCGCAUAGUCACACAAUUGAAGGCGAAGAAGAUAAUGAUGAAUUAGUUGUCAGCGAUCUGGUGAAAUACUAUCCAAUGAGAAAGGUUCUAGCUGUAAAUCAUUUAGCGUUUGGUGCACGACGUGGUGAAGCAUUUGGUUUACUUGGAUAUAAUGGUGCGGGCAAAACAACAACAUUCCGCGUCGUUGUUGGUGAUCUGAUGGCCACACAAGGAACUGCUUAUAUCUCAGGACAGAAUGUUCGUCGUCGUAUAAGAUCAACGCGUGGUCUUGGUUAUUGCCCUCAACAAGAUUGCAGUAUGGAUUUUCUCACCGUGCGCGACAGUCUUUACCUAUUAGCGCGCAUUCGCGGCGUUCGGUCGAUGCGUAUAGAAAAAGUUGUGCAAACUAUGAGCUCAUUGUUUCUACUUGAUCCAUUUUUGAACAAUUACAUUCAUCAAUUAAGUGGCGGAACAAAACGUCGUCUGCAUGCAGCCAUUGCUUUGAUUGGACCGCCAUCAGUCGCAAUUUUGGAUGAACCAACAACAGGUGUGGAUCCAAAUGCUCGACAACAGAUGCAAGAAAUCUUCUUGAACGCUGUCAAAGCAAACUUGACAAUUAUUUUGACUAGUCACUCAAUGGAUGAAUGUGAACGCGUUUGCAACCGUCUUGGCAUAAUGGUUCACGGUCAAUUAGCUUGUUUAGGUACGAUUCAACACUUAAAAUCGAAGUUCGGCCAAGGCUACACAAUCGAAAUCAAAGUUCAUUCGUAUCCCCAAGAUCCAGCUGCGAUCCCGAUAGAAAAUGUUCAACGAUUUCUUCAAUCUCGACGAGAUAUAAAAGUCGAAGUGAAAGAAACAACGCAUUCAACCGGCUUGUUUCAAAUCGAAGGAACUACACCUGGUGAACUAUUUCAAUUAUUAGAGGAAAAUAAACAACGAUUAAACAUUGAAACGUAUACUAUCUCUCAGACAACACUCGAACAGAUAUUUUUAUCUUUUGGCAAACAAAUUCGAGUCGCUUCAGAGAACUAA